GAAACAUGACGGUGAGUUACUGGAGCGCGCACAGUACUGCGGAUAACACUGCUGGUAACACUGCUUAUUAAGGAGAUACGUGCUGCUGCUGGUGUUAGUUGUGUGGACGCGGAGAGUUUCUACCGAGGCUGCUGUCAGUCCUGUCCUCCGUGUCAAACAGAACAGGAACAACUGAACAGGAUAAACGAGUUAGUCUCAGCUAAAGAAGACAAAAAAAAUCAGAAAUCCGCAUUAAAGAGCGACUGAAUGAUGUUCACGCAGCAGGUGUGUUACCUGUACCUCAUCAGUCUUCUCUGACUGACUGACUAACUGCCGACAAACAGACACGCAGACGGGCAGAUAUGGAGAGUGGAGCUCUGGGAAUAGACACCAGCACUGCUCCAGAUCCCAGUGUGCAGUCAGACUGCAACAUAGCCUUUCUGCGGCGUCGGGCCUGGGCCCAGAGUAGAGACUCCAUCUGGCAAGAACCAGAACCAGAGCACUGUGGCCCCCAGGGGCCCCAACAGAGCCAGAGGGAUGAGGAAGCACAGAGUCCCUCAGAAGAACCAGGGCUAGUUCCUAAUAACAUCACCAGCUGGCUGAUUGAAUGCAGGACUCCCCUCGGAGCCUCUCUAGAUGAUCAGAGUGCUUCUCCCAGCAGAGGAGUGCUGAGGAACGGCUGCAGCUUUGAAGAUGACCUUUCACUGGGAGCUGAAGCCAACCAUCUUCAUUCCAGUAAAAAUAAAACUGAAUCCUGUUUUGGUCUUGCGGCGGAUCAGAAGAGGAGUCAGUAUAAAGAGAGAGCAAGAAGUAUGAACUCCACAGGAUCAGGGAAGAGCAGCACUGUGUCCAGUGUUUCAGAGCUGCUGGACCUGUACGAGGAAGACCCUGAGGAAGUCCUCUUAAAUCUUGGUUUUGGUCGAGAAGAACCCGAUCUAGCCUCGAAGGUUCCCUCCAGGUUCUUCAACAAUUCCUCCGUAGCGCGAGGCAUCGACAUCAAGGUCUACCUGGGAGCUCAGCUGCAGCGCAUGGAAGUGGAGAACCCCAACUACGCGCUGACUAGUCGUUUCCGUCAGAUUGAGGUCUUGACUACAGUAGCAAACGAGUUCUUCGAGCUCUACAGUCAGGUUUCUGGUCAGCCUGUCCAACGCAUUAGCUCCAGGGACCAAGGGGGAGAAGGAGGAGAAGGAGGGGGAGGUGAGCCAUCUCCUACUUUGAAGAGGAGCAGCAGCUCAGCUCGGAAUGUCGCCAAACUCCUCAAGAAAACCAUCAGCAAACACAACCUGCACGUGUCCACCCCAGAGUCACCUGAAGCACACACACCUAAACAACACACAGAGCUGAAUGGACACGCCCCCUCUGAUCACACAAACACCAACGGUCACGCACACACCGGUCCUGAACAGGAUGGCUACAGUACUGACCCCGACCACCAGGCAGAGACAGCCAACCAGAAACACAACCGCAAGAAAGACAGCUGUUCCCUGGCGACAGUUACAGAGGAAACCAACGGGGAUGGAGAGACAGACGACAGUCCUGAACAGAGCAGCAGAGGACCAGCAGCCAAUGGAGAGAAUCAACCAGAGUCAGCUGACUUUCAGUCAACCAAUCAGAGAACAGAGGAGGGAACCCACGUAGUCAAAGAGGUGGAGGAGGAGAAGAACCUGACCUCAACCCCAGAGAAAGCUCCUCCCACCCUGACCCCGCCCCAGCUGGCCCAGCUACGCACCAAAACCACAAACUCUUUCGAUAUGGAGGAGAUUCAGAGUAACGAAGAUGAGGCUCUGCCACACAGAACUUCCAGAGCCACUGACCUGUUGAGGACAGUCAGUCAGCAGUCAGACAGCAGUGGUUUUGCUGAGGAGCCCUCUGCCGACUCCAGCUACCUCAAGGUGCAGGAGAGUAGUGACAGCUGUGACAGUGAGACCACUGUGACAUCACACCCUUCACUAGAUGUGGCCACGCCCCUCGCAAAGGACCAACCAGUGUUUGAGCUGCCAGAUGAGGUAGAGGCGGGGCCAGGUGGGGCUGCUGAGGCUCAUGGGAGGAGUAGUAGAGUAGGAGAACACGAGCAUGAUGGGAGUUCAGAGCAGGUUCCACAGUACACAGCCCACCAGCUCCCCAGGAACAGACCAAUGGGAACACAGCAGGAUGAGGCCCGGGACGAGGAGCGAGUUGAGAGUGGGGACCGGACUGAUCCAGAACCAGAACCAGAGGUUGCCCAGAGUAUGUCUGCUUCAGAACAAGAACCACAACACACUCAGAACCAGACCAAGAAUGCCGCAGACACAGACCCACCAACAGAGGGAGUGGGUGCUGAGACCGAGGCCCAAGAAGAGCAAGCAUUCUUGGAUGAUUCUGGUUUACUUUUUCCUUCUGCUCCAUCCUCUCCAGUUCUCAGUGCUCUGAACCGAGCAAAACAGAACCAGCUGAGCCGGACAGGGCAGCAGGUCGACCCCCAGUCUGGUGAUACGCCCCAAAUCCCAGGGAGAGGACGAGGAAGAGGGCGUAUCCCCAUGCAGAGGUCCUCCUCCCUGCCCAACUCGUUCCUUUCACCCUCCAGGGUCGUGUCCUCUGUCAGGAUCCAGUUUGGGCGAGGCCAGGCAUCCUGCACCCAGCCCAGGUACUCCUUCAAAUACACCCAGGAGGCCGGAGGAGACAAGGAGGAGGAGGAGGAGGAGGAAGGACAAACCAAUUGUCUGUCUACUCUGAUCAUAAACCCUGCCUCCUCGUCUGACUCUAGAAACCAACCACCAAGGCUUCCCACAGAAGCUCUCAUCCCACCUAAACCCAUCCCACACUACCUAAUGCGGUCAUCCAAUUCCCUGCAGAGCUGUAGCCCUCCUCCUGUUUGGUCCCUAGGAGGCCAUGCCCACUCCUGGAGCACCCAGAGUGUUCCUGAUGUCUCCUCCAACUAUCAGCAGCUGGGCCAGUUCCAACAGAACAUGACUGCUAACCAAAACCAGCAAAGUUGGAAUCCAGGGCAGACGAUGUUCCCUUAUCCUAACCCUAAUCCUAACCCUGCAGCUCAGUACUCAAGUAACCCAAGCCCCAAUCCUAGUCCCAGCCUUAACCCCAGCCCAUACCCCUUCAUUCUGAACCCUCCUCUGCAGUACCCCUCCCCUCUCCAGCCAUACACCAGUCUUCCUAACCUCCUUCACCACCACAACCCCUCCUUUCUCCACCAUUCUAGUCUGACCAGUCUCCACCAACCUACAACUCCCACAAUCCCCCAGCACGGCAGCCUCUCCAACUUGCAUCAGCCCUCAUCUUCCACGGCUCCUCACCGCGUCAGUCUCGGCUACUUGCCUACGGGAACUCCAGUAAUGCACCACCAGGGCUACAAUCCUAUAUACAGUCAUCAGUCACCUUACCAUGCCACUCCUCAUGGCUCGCAGUUUGCCUCACCCUACCUCGGCUAUCAUGGGUACAACAUGAACCCACACCUGGCGUUCCCCCACCCUGUCACCCAGUGUCCACCACUGGCCCCAGAGCACAGCCUCCACCCAGGGCUCACUCAUCCUGCUCCAGGCUUCCUCCAAGGCGUGGCCUCAACCCACAGCCCAGGUCACAGCAUCCACCCAGGGCUUGCUUCUCCUGCUCCAUCCAGCACUGAGAUGCAGCUGAGGAGAGUUCUGCAUGACAUCAGAGGAACGAUACAGAGACUGAGCCCGAACCGAGCCGACACUCCGGACGCAUUCAGUGAGCACAGAGCAGCUCUGCCCGGCCACCAGUCUUUGGCAGAGUUUCAGCAGAAGAGGCGAAGUCUGAACUUGUUCCGCAGUCAGAUGAUGGACCUGGAGCUGUCAAUCAUCCAACAGCAGUCUCUGGUCUACAAACACCUGAGCCCUACUGACAGGCUGGAGGUGGAGCAGCUUCAGUCUCUGAGGUCAGCAGUCAGAGAGGAACUGCAGGAGCUGGAACAACAGCUGGACGACAGACUGUUGGAGCUGACGCAUCACACACAACACAGGGGUCUCCAUAGAGACGGCAGUGUUGACAGUCUGUCCACCGCCUCUGCACUGAGAGCCAUGGAGCCGGUGUCAGACCUCCUCAGAGAGCAGCUUUUCCUCCAAUCAGAGCUCAGCUACGACAGUCAUGCCCCCUCCACUGACCCCUCCUCCCGAUCCUCCAGUCCGGUCCGAGGAGGAGAUUGCGAGCAGAGAAGAGGCGUGUACCGUGCAUCUAUAAACAUAACGCCUGUCCUCCCUACUCGACCCAAUGCACACACUGAGGAAGAGGAGGAGGGGGAGGAGGGAGAGAGGGAUGGAGGGGGAGGAGGAGGAGCAGAAGAAGUACCAGAGGAGGAGGGAGCAGCAGGAGGAAUCAGAGUGGAGAACCUGCAGCAGCUCAUCAGAGAGAUUCGAGAGAGCGUGGCGCAGGAGGUCCGACGGGAGAUCUACAGCGAGCUGCUGGCUACAGUGUCGCCACGGCGAUCGCCCCUGCCUGCCAGGCAACACCCCCUGUAGUCAUGGCAAGAGCAGAGCACUACCCCUUUCACCUUCAGCCUUAAUAACCACAGCCUGAGCAGCAACACUGUCUGCAACACUGUAUAGCUGAGUAACACUGUAUGUCUGCAACACUGAUAAUGAAAUGAACACAUCACCUACAUGUGAUAAACCCCGCCCACUCCGCCUGUGUGAUCGCCCCGCUGUUAAGGACCACGCUCGUUACUGAGAGGUGGAGGGCGGAGUCUCGGACAGGACGAGGACGUUUACAUGUCUGGUUGGCUGGUGUGAUGCAUGCUGGGAACGCCAGUCUGGACUAGCCCGACCCUGUGAACCAUCAGCGAUGAUGUGUUGCCUUUUCCUCACAUCCUGUUUCCUUUUUUCUAAACUGUUUUGAAAGCCAGGCCUAAAACUACUACGAAUGCCACUAAUACUACUAGUACUACAUCUAGUACUGCUAACAGUACUCUACAAGUACUACCACUACUAGUCCCAGUCCUGUGGAUGUCCCCAUCAAGUUCUUUUUCCCCCACUCCUAGUCUGAGAUCAAAUCAGGACAUGUUAUUAGAUCAACACACAGGUGACCAAGUUCUCUUAAAAGUACUGUAAAUGCCUUUAUAAUCUUUUGAUCUAUGCUCUCACGCCUUUUAUUAAGGGGUUACAUUCCUUAAUCUUCAAUAAGAGUAGCGUCUACUGAGGGUCAAACUGAGCUUUUACCCCUUAAAGUUACUCAUUCCAUGCACAUUUCACCUUAAAUGUUAAAGGUUCAAUUAAGGAAUUAUGAUCCUACAGCUGUCAACAUUCCUUCAUCAUCAUCAUCAUCAUCAUCAUCAUCAUUGUCAUCGUGUGUCUGUUCCUCUUACCUCCAUCAAUUUCUGUAUUUUCUCUGAUGUGACAUUGCUCCCUGCUGGUCAGUCCACCUGAGGUUAAUUCACGCAGGUGUUUUCAGUUAUUUUAGCUGAUGAAAAGGGGUCACCAAAAGUCAAUUUAUUAUUUUUACACCUGCUCAAUAAAAACAUGUUGUGAAUGAAAGGAUUUUACAAAAUGUUGGACUGCUCCUUUAACACUCACAGUCUUUGCUUUGUGCGUGUGCUGGUUACUGAGCAGGUGAUGAGGUUAGUGUGUGAUGUCAUGAGGUACUGUGGAGGUCAGGCUUAGAGGUCAAAGGUAACUCUGCAGCAGUAGCAGGUUUUGGUAAGUUGUCGUGGCGACAGCGAUGAUGAUGAUGUUGAUGAUGAUGUGAUGACCGGUCAGAGGGAAGAGCUUAGUGAGCAGAUGUAUGUAUGGGUGAGCGGGCAGUGUUGCCCAAACCUUAGCUGUGUUAGCAUGUUAGCUGCAUUAGCAUGUUAGCUUCACACUGUCUGAUGACAAAUCUGUGUGCAAUAAUAUGAACAUAUAUACUGAUUACUGAGACUAUUGUGAAUAAAUUAUCAGUAAAUCACUGCUAACAUUUCAGAUGUGACCAGUCAUCCUGCACCACUUCAGCACAAACUUUCUACCUGCAUCUCUGAUACAAAUUAAUCUGCAGCUUGCUGGUUUUAUUGAGAGAAACUCUGAUCACACAGAAUCCACAGAAUUGAUUGAUCGCUGAACAAUUAAUUACCAAGUAGUGAAUAUCUGUUUUCUUUAGCAUUAAAACGUGUGUGUAGUGUCUGUGUGGUCCCUCACAGGUUUCCGAAUGUACUGAUUAUUGAAGACAGAAAAUCUUAAACAUGGGAGAAGCUGAGGUAGCUGAGUGUGACUGGCUGGGAGACCUGUCAAUCAAGACAAAUACCUUUUUUUUGAUCUUCAUGGAACAGUGACUCUGAAAAUGUCCACACAGACUCGCAUUAGAAUUUAAAAUUAUCCACUGAAAGCUGAACGUUUGGCAAAAAAUGUAUUGACUUUGUGUUUUGCAGAUGUUUCAUUCUUGAUCUUUGGGAACAAUGUAUGGUGAAGAGAAUCAGCUCAAAGGUCCACUUAUUAAUGAGUCUGAGCUUUCAGCCACAUCUCACAGUCUUUAUUCAGCUGGCUCAGAUGUCAUCACGUGACCUAAAUGUGAACUUUCAAUCACGUGAAUGCUCUAAUUCAUUAUUCACUUGACCUUUGACUUUCGAUUCUCUUCACCAGUUGACUUUGUGUUUUUGGAAAAUGUUUUUUUUCAUGUUCACUGAUCACAAACUCUGCUCUGCUGGACCAACACUCACUGUGAUCUCCGAGGCUCUACAUGCUUUUAAAAUUGUUUUUUUAAUUUUUUUUUUUAUUGAUCAAGAAUCCUUCACACACUUUUAAUUACACUUCACUGUCUGUCUGUUGGUGUCUCUUAAUUUCUAUUGAUGUCUAUUAAUGAUGAUGUGCGUUUUGUAUUGAUGUCAGCGGGAUGCAGGGGAGGGUUCACUCUGUAGAGAUGAGAAUAAUAAAGAUGUAUUUAUUUUCAGAUA